CGCGCGCCCGGAACCGCCGCCGGAUUGACUUUCCAAUCCUUCCUGGAGCGGGUUCGCCUUCCCACGGGAGCUGCGGAUUCAUUUUGGAAAUGCCAGGCCGGAAGUUUGCUGAUGGAGAGGUCGUAAGGGGUCGAUGGCCUGGGAGUUCCCUGUAUUAUGAAGUGGAAGUACUUAGCCAUGAUAGCAAUUCUCAGCUUUACACUGUCAAAUACAAAGAUGGAACUGAACUUGAAUUAAAAGAAGGUGAUAUGAAGACUUUGACAUCAUUCAGACAAAGGAAAAGUGCGUCUUCCUCAAGUUCUCCCUCCAGGCGCCGUGGUAGCCGAUCUCGGUCUCGAUCUCGGUCUCGUUCCCCUGGUCGUCCACCAAAAAGUACACGUCGUUCUGCUUCUCAAAAUACAGAGAUUAAAAGCAAAAAGAGAGAAAUUUUGGAAAUCAACUUGACUCCAUUGAAGUUAAGUGGCAAUAAUAUCAGCAGAUAUAAUGGAGAGCCAGAAAGUUUGGAAAGGAAUGCUAUAUCUCACAAAGGCAUUCAGGAGAAAAAUUAUUUGUCAGAAGAAAGCAGUUAUAUACCUACUCAAUAUAGCCUUCGUCCGAGAAAAGAAGAAGUCAAAUGGCAAGAAACUGAUUUGAAUGAAGAAAGAAUUAUUGGAAAAGAAACAAAAUCAAUAAGAACUCUUGAAACAGCACCAACCCAGAAGAAGGAAAUCGAGUUUGGAGGAAGCAUUGGAGCUUUUUUCAUCAUGAUUGGACUGCCUGUGGUUCUUUUUCUGUUGCUGUUGAUUUGUAAACAGAAAGAUCCCAGUCUUGUGAAUUUUCCUCCAACUUUGCCAGCCUUGACUAGUCUGUGGGAGACUAGAGUAUCUGGGAUCUAUCUUCUCUGGUUUUUUCUUCAAGCGCUGUUCUACUUGCUACCAAUUGGAAAGGUGGUGGAAGGAACGCCUCUUUUAAGUGGAAGAAGACUGAAGUACCGAAUAAACGGGUUCUAUGCUUUUCUCCUGACGACUGCAGUCCUAGGAGGGUCUCUUUACUGGGAAAUGGAGAUCAGUUACUUGUAUGAUCACUUUCUUCAGUUUGCUGUUGCAGCAACAGUGUUUUCAGUGGUCUUGAGCAUCUAUCUUUAUGUCCGGUCCUUGAAAGUUAGCAAGGAUGAGCUCUCGCUUGGGAAAUCAGGAAAUGUUAUUUAUGAUUUCUUCAUUGGCCGUGAAUUGAAUCCUCGCAUAGGAACUUUUGAUCUUAAGUAUUUCUGUGAGCUGCGUCCUGGAUUGAUUGGUUGGGUUGUAAUUAAUUUAGUGAUGCUUUUGGCAGAGAUGAAAAUACAGAAUCGUGAAUCUCCAUCUUUAGCAAUGAUAUUGGUUAACUGUUUCCAACUACUAUAUGUGGUGGAUGCUCUUUGGAAUGAGGAGUCUAUAUUGACAACCAUGGACAUUGUCCAUGAUGGCUUUGGCCUCAUGUUGGCAUUUGGAGAUUUGGCCUGGGUCCCCUUUGUCUACAGUUUACAGGCCUUUUAUUUAGUCAAUCAUCCUAAUGAGAUUUCGUGGCCCAUUGCCUCUGCAGUCAUUGCUUUGAAAAUUUGCGGGUAUGUAAUUUUUCGGUGUGCCAACUCUCAGAAAAAUGCAUUUCGAAGAAACCCGGCUGACCCUAAAAUAGCACAUCUGAAAACUAUUCCUACUUCCACUGGAAAGAAUCUCCUCGUCUCUGGCUGGUGGGGCUUUGUUCGUCAUCCGAACUACCUUGGUGAUUUAAUUAUGGCCCUGGCCUGGUCCCUACCCUGUGGUUUUAAUCACAUCUUACCUUACUUCUAUGUGAUUUACUUCACCAUCUUGCUUGUCCACCGAGAAGCUCGUGAUGAAAACCACUGUAAGAAGAAAUAUGGAUUGGCAUGGGAAAAGUACUGCCAGUGUGUUCCGUACCGCAUAUUCCCAUACAUUUACUAGUUCCACCUUGCUACAAAAUUAAAAAAGUACUCCUGCAAUUUUAGCUUUCUUACAAAAACAUACCUCUUAACAUCACACUGGGUCUAUAAGGACACAUAAAUAAAAAGCAGAAAUGUACAAGAGCACUAGUGCUAAACACCUACAUUAAUAGGGCUGCCUGAUAAAGUUAGGCUUGUUCUAUAUUGCAUUUUAAUAGCUUGCAACAGUGAACUUUUAUUAAAACUAUUUUUUCUGGGGGUUAAAAUGUUCCAUUAUAGGGACACUCGGGUUUCUAACUUUUCAACCAGUACUAUGAUUCCUGCUAAUCUGCUGGGUUCUCAUCUUUUUUUCUUGGUAUUAAACAUGUAAAAAUGGAGCACUGUAGCUGAAUGUUUCAUUGCAUCAAGGGAAGUGAAAACUGAUAUUCAUUUCACUUCUCAUUCAGUAUUUGAAAAGGAACUAAUUUGGUGUCCAGUCAUGUAUAGGAAGAGGGGGAGUUUGAGGGAGUAAUUAAGUAGUAGCACUGUAGAGGACAGAGAUCAUUUGUUGGUUUCUUCCAAACUACCUUUUAAUGUAAAUAAGCGGCUAACUUUGUGUAUUAUACUGUGACUUCAAGAUUUUGCUGUACAGUGUUUGAAUGUGAUACAAAUUAUGUAGGACCAGGGAAAGCUUUUUAACAAACAUUUUCAGUUUUUUAAUUGUACCUUUUUUAUGUAGACCUUGCUUGUAAAGUAAUGUAUUGAUAUGAAAUUAAACCUUUUGAAGCAAUUUGAGGUCAUCUAAAUGUUGUAAUGAAAUACUAGAAAAUUUUGGACCUUUUUUAAAUCCAAAGUUUGUGAAUCUGGCUUUGCUACCUCAACUGUAGGUUCUCAAUUGCCUUUUAUACUGUUGCAGAUAGAUGUAGUUUGAAUAUAUAUUUUUGGAGUUACAUCACUAUUUAAAAUUUUUACAUGAACCUGUGGUUGAAAAUUCUUGCCACUUCUAAUAUAUUUUGUAUAGGUUUGACUUUAAAGCAAUUUAUUGCUAUUCAUUCAUGCAGUUUAUACUGUAUUCAAUAUCUAGGAAUCUCACUCCAUUGCAGUGAUAGAGUUCUGACUAAAACAAAAAUUGGGUUUUCCUUUUGGACUCUCACCUACAAAUAAGUCGGGGAAAUACGCCAACGUAUUUCAUGACUGAUUUAAAAGGUAGUGGUUGUUGUACAAAUAGAGUUGUUUGUAGAGCCCCUCUGCCCUGGGAGGUAUUUGAGAACUUGUUUUAUAUAGGUUUUUAUGUGGGAAAAAAAAUCCCAAUAUUUUAUAUGCACAAGGCAACAUUCUUGAAAUCUAAUGUGAAGGUGGAAUAUGAAAUAAUUAUACAUUUUGUGUAUGAGCCAUGUAGGAGUGCCAUGUGUAUGACACUGUGCAUUUUAAGUGUACAUAGCCUAGCCUGUUUGAAUGUGAUGGAACUAUUUUCUUCUAGUUGCAGCCUUCUACAUAGAAGGUAUCCCUUCAGGACAUUUAUUUAGGUGAUCUCAGUGCAAAGACAUUUUUCUUGCAGUAUUAAAAAUGAUAUUCCAUUCCACAUCCUUUUACGGGGUUUUGCAUUUUCUUGCUGAAAGAAACAACUUUCUACAUCUAGAAACUUCUGGGUAACUGCAAUGUGUUUUUUUCAUUUUUUGGUAUGUUUAUUGGAAGUAGAAGUUUUAUAAUAUGUGUUACGUUGAAAUAAAGUUUAAAUAAGAAUGUGUAAAA